UGUAUCAUGAUUAACAGAGCAAUACUACCAUUCUAUCUUAUAAACCCGUGCCUCUGUUUUCCUUCACUAUCUCAAAAAUCAAUUUUCUUAUUUAAAACUCCUCAGAUCUAAACUCUUCCAUAUCCGCAACCUCUACAAGGACAAAAAUGUUAAACAUUGUUGCAUCUUAUUGUGUUGUUCCAAGUGAAGAAACUCCCGAGACUCGUUUAAGGUUAUCAGAUUACGACCAAGUGGUGCGUUUGGGUCACACACCCAAUAUCUAUAUUUACAAAGCAAAGCACAACCACAACACCACUGAGAAGAUGAUAAAGUCACUCAGCAAAAUUUUAGUGUUCUACUAUCCAAUAGCUGGCAGAUUGAGCUUAACAGAAAGUGGUCGAAUGGAAUUGGAUUGCAAUGCAAAGGGAGUCACAUUUCUUGAAGCUGAAACCACAAAAUCAAUGAGUGAUUAUGGAGACUUUUCACCUUCUGAAUCCAUCAAGGAACUCGUUCCAAAGAUUGAUUACACUACACAACCUAUAGAGGAGCUUCCUUUGUUGUUUGUGCAACUGACAAGGUUCCAUGGUGGUGAAGGCUUUGCCAUUGGAUCGGCUAACUCUCAUGUUUUGUCUGAUGGGCUUGCUCAUAUUCGAUUCAUCAAUUCAUGGGCAAAGGUGACUCGAGGAGAGACACUAGAGCCACAUGAAAUGCCAUCUUUUUUGGAUAGAACAGCACUAAUAUUCCAACGUUCACCUUCAUCACCACGCUUUGAUCACCCAGAGUUGAAGCCUCUUCCGCUGAAACUUGGAACCUCCGAUGAUGCUGCUGAGAAAAAGAAGAAGACAAGGGCUGUGUUAUUGAAGCUAACAGCUAAACAAGUGGAGAAGCUGAAGAAGAAGGCCAAUGAGCAACCCGUGAAAGAAGGGUCGAGACAUUAUAGCAGAUUUGAAGCUAUCACUGCUCAUAUAUGGAGAUGUGCAUCAAAGGCUCGUGAACUUGAUGAGAAGCAACCAACUCUACUUAGGUUCAAUGUGGAUAUUCGCAAUAGACUAAUUCCUCCUCUUCCUAGGAACUAUUUUGGGAAUGCUUUGGUGGCAACAGUGACACCAAAAUGUUACGCUGGAGAAAUUAUGUCGAAACCAUUGAGCUAUGCUGCCCAAAAAGUAAGAGAAGCAAAUGAAAUGGUUUCAAAUGAGUACAUAAGGUCACAAUCAGAGGCUGUAUUAGGGCAGGAACACUUAGAUUGCAUAAAGGCAUUCUUCAUGGGACAAGGAGAACGUAGCCUUGCUCAUUUUCCAGGGAAUCCUAAUAUUCAGAUAACAAGCUGGAUGAACUUGCCGGUGUAUGAAGCAGAUUUUGGGUGGGGAAAGCCUAUAUAUUUUGGUUUAGGGUAUGUGAAUUCACAUGAUAGGGCACUGAUUCUUCUGAGCCCAGAGGGCGAUGGAUCUGUUAUUGUGUCCAUACACUUCCAGAUAGCACAUAUGCAACUUUUCAAGAAACUCUUCUACGAGGACUACUCUAAACUCUAAACUCUUGUAAGGUUCAUUUUGGGCAAAUUACGGAUUUGGAAGCAAAUUACGUAGCUGGAACGGGCCGUUCUGCAAGGAAAAUGACCCGUGCUGCAAGGAGAACAGGCCGUUCUCCAAGCAGAACGACCCGUACUGCAAGGAGCACGGGCCGUUCUCCUGCCAAACGGCCUGUACUCGUUUUCGGAAACCUGGAACAGCCCGUUCCAGUUUAUUUUUUUUUUUGCAAC